AGAUCAGUGCAUUUUGAACGAUCAUCUACUGAUCUGGGCCUACCGUAUGUAGUUAGCUGGCUGGUGUGCCAGGUUUGCAGCUCAUCUGAUGUCAGGUUUUCGUAGUUGUAGUCAUACCGAAGAACAUGGCUUAGAACUACUAAAAAAUAUGAUCAUCGUGCUAUGACGUACACAAUUUAACUGUUUCAGUCUCUUCCUAGCUUAGUAACAGUGACAAGUGCCAUGCAGGUGAGACUGACCAAAUUCAUGAGAUUUUAUGUCCAUGAAGACCAAGAAGACUUCUCAGCCAUUAUCUUGUAAGAGGUUUUAGACGUAGUCUGGAACCUUUCACAUUCUGUGUUAUGGAGGGGGAACGACUACUCCAGCGAAUAAAGACCAGUACUGAUGUUGAGCCCGUGCUCAGAGAUUUAGAGGUUUACUUGGCUCCUGUACUGCGUCAUAAAACCAGCCCGUCACAGGAGCAAGCAGCAAAGUAUGGUUUCUAUGCGAUGAAAGUGCUCCGCGCCUGUGUGCAGCAGCUGUCAGCCCUCAAGACGGGCAAUGGCACAGUCGCAGGCAUCAUCUGUAUCGCCAGGAGGAGCUACGAAUGCGUCUGCAAGGUGCUGAAGCACACCAAGUUGGUGCCGCUGUCGCUGGAGAAGCUACUGUUCCACAUGGUGGUGCAGGGCAUGGCCAAAGGGCUGGUGGUAGACGCCACGGCCUUUGCCACGAAUCUCCAUGAGCGCCUGGGCCUGUGCCGGAACAAUUUCAUCACCGGGGACGGCGUCGACAAUGAGUACGACACGGUGUGCAAGCAGGCCUUCAACCAGCUCUGGAAGGCCUGCGUGGACCUGGAGCACUCCUCCAAGCAGGGGGCCAUGAAGCACGUGGUGGUGCUGGAUGUUCGGUUGCAGGCACUCAACUUCUUGAUGCUGACAAGUUACGAAGUGUCAUGGGUGGUUGAGAGAGCUUUCCGGACCAUUGUCGAGUUUGACCGAGCCAGCAGUAACUCAAUGGAAGAGAAUAAUCAAGUACUUGAGUUCCUCAGGCAUAUCUUGAAAUCUUUGCUCAGUGAUCUACGAGAUGCCAGGAAAAAGCAAGACCUGCAGUCUGAGGAGGCAUCAGAGCUUCUGCCUCCGCUGUUUGAACUGAGUCUUCUGUUUGCAAAGCGUUGCAGUCAUCUCAAGAGACCCGAAGAAGCAAUGAGCCUGUGCAAGCAACUCCAAGAGAUCAUCACCAGCAAUUGCAGGAAACAUUGCAAGAAACUUUACAGUGCUGCCGUGAGCACAAUCGGAGUUACCCUGGAGAUGCGAAACUUCCCAUCGCCACAUGUCUGCAGAAAUACAAAGAAGUCCAAAUCCCACAAAGCCGGAGAUGCUAUCAAGACUGCCGAAGAGCAGAUUGAAGAUGUUGUCGGUAGCACUUCCAAGGUGAUUGAAAAGGGAGAUCAUGAUAUCGCAGCCAUCCAGUGCCUCGUGGAAGCCCUGGAGUUCUUCAAAAAGCAGUUUGAGUGUAUUGUUGACCAGCAAGGCAGGUCACCCAAUCCCUCUAAGGUGGUGAUACCACAAGACCUAGUUCACUCAGUUGAUGCCGCCCUGAAGCUCCUGGUAGACCUGCUCCAGGUGCAGAGGGAGCAGCUGCAGAGCUCCAGCGGUACCCUCCACGAGUCCUCUGCUGGGAAGGGAAAGCAGCAGAGGAUGUCCCUCCAGAAGACGGUCAACAGGCAACUUGCCACGCUCAACCUGAUGGCGGCCAUCCUGCAGGAUCGGAUGGGCCGUCAGGAGGAAGGAGCCACCAGCGCUGAUAUCAGGCAGAUGACACAGGACGCACUGGGCAUCUGCCAGAGAACCCAGUGCAUCAUCGAGGAGGUGUCCAGUGGAGCAGGAGGAGCUUUGUCAAACAAUGAACACAGGUGGUUGGGCACCAAUGCAUACAACCUUGGCCUCAUGUGCUACAGGAAGAAAUGGUACCCCGAUGCUGUGCCACUUCUGAUCAUGGCCUGUGAGCAGCUCCAGAUUUGGUGUGCGACAAAAGAACAGGUGGAUGAAGAAAAAGUCCACAAGGUUCAGCUGUUCAGCAAGCACGAACUCCUUGUGGACUGCCAACGAAAGGCUGGACAGCAUAAAGAGGCCAUGCAAACAGCUGUGACCUAUCUCUGGGCCCACGCCGGUCACCUGACGGAUCAGCUGACCACUGCUGUAGAGUACUGGGUCAAAGCCAAGCGAGACACUGCGAAGAAUGCAGAGGAUGAACGGCUCAGAACAAGAACCCUGCUUGAUGCCAUUCAAGAAAUUGAGGGAACCAUCUCCGAUGAGAGCUCCAGUCUUGUCUCCAAGCUUCUCGAGCAGGAACUUAGCAUCUACAAAGCACAGAGGUAUGACACAACGGUGGAGCAGUAUGCCGUUGUGUGUGAUCUCCUCAGCCUGUACAGCGAAGAUAGGAUGAGACUACACAGGGCACACGCCCGCAUUGAACAGGCCCAGCUAUUACGCGAUGGCACGCUAGACACUGACUGCUCUCCUGUCGACUGCUGCCAGGAGGCCAUUCACCUCCUGGAGGAACUAGCCCAAGACAUCGUGCAACAGCAGCAGGACCAGGAGGCGAGCAGUGCGGAUUACCUGGUGGUGUUUGACCUGCUGGCCACGGCUCACUUCUGGCUCUACAUCUGCCAGAGCGAGGCCAGUCAGGCAACCUAUAUCACGUCCCAGUUUGCCAACACCAAAGGGGAGUCCACUCGAGCAGACUGCCCUGAGCCAGCCACCAUCAAGAAGGACAAAGCCUCCAGUUACCUGCUGUCCACCUCAGGCUACACCCUGGCCACGGAGCACUCGGCUACCGAGCCCCUGGACAGGGCCCUGGACAUCUGGAUGGACCUGGUGGCGGAGGGCUGCAGCCAGUCCAUGUUCAACGACCCAGCGUGCACGUCCUACUGCCUGAAGGUGGCCGCCUCGCUGUGUGAGUUGGCCGACAGGCCCAUACAGCAAGUCCAAGCCCUCAACCUUUUGGUGGUUCUUUCCAUCUCCACCUCAUCAAACGAAGACACCGUCCUGGCCUACUGCCAGAUCAUUCAAGCUCUCUGUCGCAUGGGAGCGGUGGAGGAGGCUACAGCUCUCCUGGCUCCAGCCCAGGCCUUGAUGGGAGAGGCAGAGACGGAGGGCGAAGACGGGGCAGGCCUGCAAGUGGCAUUCACAAUCGCAAAGUGCUACGUGGUGCUGGCAGCCCACAAGACUGGAGAAUUUGAAACGCUCUUGGAGAAAGUCCUCCAGAUCCACAGCCACAAGCGCCGAUCCCGGCAGGCCUACCUCCGGAACGCCUCCAUCAAACACCUCCAGGCCCUCUACCUGCUCCGUCCCCCUUCAGAGCGGUCCCAGGACGCAUCUGUCCUGCGCGGCCUGGUCCCCGACGACCUCUCACCGCUGGAGCUCCAGGCGGAAGCCAUGCGGCUGCAGAUGGGGGUGGGCAGGCUGAUGUUUGGUGAGGGGGUGUUUGGUAAUGAGCAGAGCUUGCAAGGAGAGGGAUUCAAGUUGGCUGCAGUGGGCAAUGAUUCGGGAGGGAAUGACCUAGAGUUCAACCAGUGGACGGUGCUGGCCAACGUGCUGCGGUCACUGUACGAUGUGGGCAGUCUGUACUUGGAGCAGGGGUGCACCAGAGAGGCAAAGAGUUACCUCAAGGAGGGCCUUCUACUGGCUGACAAGUUCAUGCUGCCCAGGAGGAGCGUUGCUUUCCUCCUCCAGCUUUCUAACCUGCACGUCCAGUGCGGUCAGGAAGACGACUGCCAAGCCAGCCUCUCCAAGGUCCAGCAAAUCCUCCACCUUCCGGAGAAAGCAGCCCAAGCAAGAUGGAGAGGUGCAUCAAUGGUUACUCAGGAUGAAAGGAAAAGCAGUAGUGGAUCAGAGACCCAUGAGGAGACUGAUGACGAUAACUUCAUCAGGACAAAGCGGAUCUCCAUCUCUGCCGAGUGCUCCUCGACAACAUGGCGUCUUGAAGACACGGACACUUCUUCCUCUCCUUGGCUGAAAGCUCAAACUGUCAAGCUGCCCAGCUACCACUCCCACCCGUCGGACUGCCUGUGUGCCUCAUGCGCCGACGUAUCCCUCCAUGCGCAAGACAUGACAUCAUUCUUGCGGCUUGCCCAGAGGCUUGAACUUCAGGGCGAACCAACCCAAGCUCUCGCAAACCUACGAGUGGCUCUGGACAUUGGAGACUGGAGUGCAACGAAAACGCCGUCACUCCUGCUCAGGAGUUCCUCUUGCUUACACAAUGAUGAAGGGGUGAAGCAGACUAAAGGACCGGAGAUGAAACUGGCCAGGCCCAGUCGAAGCAGCGGAGGUCAAGUCAACUUGCAUGCAAGAGCAACAACUGAGAUUCACGUAUGCAUCACACGGCUGACUUUACUGAAUGGCAAUCUCUCAGAGGCUGAACACACUAUCGCAGGAGGCCUGGAACUAUCCAUUGAUGAAAACAUUCCUAAGGCAUGGUUGCAUUUUUACAGAAUCCUUGUCUCGCUAGAACUGAAGGCAAGAGCAACUGAGACAACAGUUGGCGAUCUGACAUUCUCAACAUGGGAUUUGCAGCCAAGCAGUAGACAUCACAAGGAUGUGCCAUCUUACGAAGGAGACCUUGUUUCACAGUUUCACCAACUAGACCUGGGCAAGCAAGGGACCAAGCACCAGACCCAGUUCCAAGACAUGGUGUUCUCUGAAAGAAUGCAGCGGCCUGAAGUGUCUCGGAAACUCUCAGAGAAAGUCACUGAGCUGGGUAUCUUCUGUGACGUAAGCGAUAAUGAGGAUGAUUCCGACGGUAUUUCCCACAUGCCAGCUUGCUCGACCAAAAGUAGCAGAAAGUUACAGCAACUUGUCCAAGCAACACCACAUAACGUGGCGUCAAGGUCCAAGAAGGGAGCCCUGAUGUUCAGUGUCAAAAAGAAAAGGCCCGCCAAGAAAACUGUCGAGGUUGAGGCCACACCUCUCCACUCGGCUCCGCUGAGUGCAUUUGAUUUUGAUGAGCCAAGUCCCACAAAGACGAAGAGGAAAGCAACACGUGGCAGGUCCAGCAAAAGUGCGAAAAAAAUCAGCAAGCGCAGCACUGAGAUCAUAGACUUGUGUAAUUCAGAUGAUGGCGAUGUAUUUGAAGAUGAAACUGAGAACAAAGGCCGUAAGACUGCCACAGAAUCAAAGAGACAAACAGCCAAAAAGUCAGUGAGGCUCAACUUGGAUGCAGAAACUUUCUCAAAUCCACUAGAAAAUGAGGACCUAAUGGGGGAAGGUGCUACAUCCAAGCCUUCACAGAAGUCUAUACAACCAACCCAAGUAGGAGACACAGAAACCAAACCUAGGCGGGGUAGAAAACCCCGAGCAGCAGACACAGAACUGGCCGAGCCCAAGGUGACAGCGACGAGAUCGAAACGAGGCCGGAAGCCCAACGUUGAGAACCUGCGGUCAGAGGUCGUAAACCAGGUCAGCAACAAUAUGCUCCUGGAUCUUCUGCCAACUUUCCUGGAGCUGGAAUCACCCACUAAGGUGCACUCACUGUCUCCCGGGAGCCCAAACCAUGGCAGUCUGAACUUUGACUUUGAGAGCAGCCCGUCAACUCGUGACAUCCCGACCCCAGAUUCUCUCUCAGAGAGAACCUCUCUCGCCUUGCCGGAUCUGGACGAGAUUGAAAUCCCCAGAGCGGCCUCAGACUCUGACGAAUCCAGAAGCGCCCUCAAUGUCCGCCGUAAGACAGCCCGGAAGCCAGCAACAUCCAGAAGGAAGACUGCCAAAAAAUGGACUGUUGAAGAUACCGAGGUACCAAGAGGGGCAAAGAAUGCUCCCGUGGAUGCUCUGUCAACAAGGAGAAGGCCACAGCAACAGGCUGUUAUUGCUGACCAGGAUGGAAUCGCUCAAACUGGGUUAUCCAACUUAGACACCAGUCUCGACUCGGUGAUCGCCGGCCUGGAGCAGAUCAGCGCCCAGGUUUGUCACCGUGCCCCCUCCCUCCUGUAUCGCCGUGUGUGCCAGCUACUGGCUGCCUGCCACGGCGACAGGGAGCCAAUGAAGGCAGCUUACUACCUGAGCGAGGCCGCAGCUGUGACCCUGCGUCACCAGAAGCUGGCUAGUCUGGCCAAGAAGAUGAAGAAAUUGAAGAAAGAGCUUGACGCGGACGGCGUCCAGAAUCUGACGGAAUCUCUGGCCGAGAUGGCGCUGGACGGCCGCAGCAAGGCCAGCACGCCACACGGGGCCACCCUACAGCAUCUGGCCAAGCAGAGAGCACUGUUCAACUUCUGCGAGGGCUCGGUGGGAGACGCCCAGCCAGACGUGGUGCAGCAGACCCUGACCGCUUUACCCGAGGGAUGGACUGUGUGCAUUUUGUCUGUGGUCUCAUCCAGUGUGUCCCUGACCGGCAGCCUGACCGAUGCCGACCACUUGGUCAUGUGUCGCCUCAGCAGUGGUCACAAGCCAGUCAUCAUCAAUCAGGCUAUGCAUACCGGUGGGCUGGGUUUAUCAGCCACCAGCCUCCUGGCGGAGUUUGACAGCAUCUUGGCCGAGAGCAAGCUGAGCGUGAAGGAGACAGACAAGAGAGCCUGGUGGACCUGCAGACAGCAGCUGGACCAGCGAAUGCAGGCCCUCACCGAGGCAAUGGAGGAGACUUUCUUGGGGCAGUGGAAGGGACUUCUGAUCGGAGCAAGGAAGUGCAAAGAGGAGAGACAGGCAAUGGAUAAGGCUGCCAAGAAGUUCAAGAGCCUGGUGGAGUCUGCCUGCCAGAGAACGGUGGACUCCCAGAUGUGUCAGUGCCUCCUGGAAUCAUGUCUGAAGCUCAGCAAGCUGCAGCUGAGCAGCGCCCUCGCCAGUUUGACCGGUCUCUCACCCGGCUCUGAGCAGCACUCCAGUCUUACGGCCUCUGUCAAGCAGCUGGCUGAAAAAUUGGCACCAACACCGCGCAGGGAACCAGUGAUUCUCAUUCUGGACAAGCAAAUCCAGCAGCUGCCUUGGGAGACCACCCCCAUCCUGAGGGAGAGCCCCGUCUGCCGGAUGCCCAGCUUGUACUUCAUCCUCUCCUGGCUCCGCAGGGCCAGCGGUACCCAGCUCACCUCCCCGACUUGCCUUUCCACUCCACCACCGAUAGACCCAUCCGAUGCCUUCUACGUCCUGAACCCGUCCAACGACCUUGCCAACACGCAGAAGACAUUCCAAAAGUGGUUUGAGAAGGAGAAUGGAUGGAAGGGUGUGGUCGCUAGACCACCCACAAAGGAGGAGUAUAGGUCUGCCCUCACAGACCACCAGCUCUUUGUCUUUUGUGGUCAUGGCAACGGGCGGGAAUUCCUGACAGGCGACGACAUCCAAAGACUGACGUGCCGUGCAACGAGCCUUCUGAUUGGUUGCAGCAGCGGCCGGCUCCACGUCACUGGUACCCAGGAGGCCAAUGGCAUGGUGCUGAACUACCUUGUAGCCGAAUGCCCAUGCCUGGUUGCCAACCUGUGGGACGUGACGGACCGCGACAUCGACCGCUUCCUGGAGCAGCUGCUGCGGUCCUGGCUGGACGGGGGAGGGAGUCUACUGGAUGGCAUGGCGGAAGCCAGGCAGGCCUGUAAGCUGCAGCACCUCAUCGGGUGCUCCCCGGUUGUGUACGGACUCCCUGUGUGCAUGCAAGAAGGGCCGCGGUAAGCCUUGUUGGUUCUCGUGAACACAUCACCCGCAGCAGUAAGCAUCGCCUUUAAAUGUAAGGUUUACUGAAGUUUACAUUUCAGCAAUAGUGUCAAUGAUUAAUUUGUGCAAAGUUGCUGAAGUGACCUGCGGUAUUUCUGCUAUCAUCAAUUGCUCAAGUUUCAAAGUAAAAUUGUUCAGCAUUUGUUACGGAGGAUUUCAUCCAAUGAGCUGUUGACCUAGUACAACUGUAUCUAUAAUACUUUGUUUUGUGCUCAAACUUUGGUAGAGUGCACGUUUCUUUUAAGGCCAGGAAUAGGCAAUUUAUGGUCGAGAUUGUAGUAAUGAUAAUAAAUAGAAGCUAAGCUAUCCAUUGCAGAGUAAGGAAAGGCUUGGUGCUUGUUCAAUCUUUUCUUGGUUUUUGAUCGUUUCAAAAAAUUGAAAUUAUUACGUUUCAUACAAUGGCCUCUAAUCCAAAACCUUGUAAUGAUGUCUGUGCAUAAAAAUAUAUAUUGCAUAGCGAUGUCCCCCUUGUCUUCUGGAGGAUUAGAAUGUUAAAAAUUACCAUCGACAGUGAAUUUGAGUGUCACUUGUAUUUAGCAUGAAAAUAAGGAAUGUGCUUUCUUCUCAAUGUUUGUUUCUGUUUUUGUUUUUCAAUCAAACACUCAGAAAAUCUUUCUGGUACUUCUGGUCAUGCCAAGAGACAUGGCAGUUCAGUAUUAUUUGUGAAGUCCUUUGUUAACAGCAUUUCUUGUUCAGACUUGCCUUGGCCUAAUCCAAUAGAACCCAAGCUUUCCACUGUUCACUGGUGUUUGACCUCGAAAAGUCCAUAGUUAUUCUCAAAAUCCUUGUUAAAUGUGUUUGUUUGUAGACGUUUCUUUUUUAAAGAUAUAAUUUUCCAAUUGUAAUACGUGUUCAAGAUAAUUCCUGAUGUGAGAUGCAUUUUUUUGUUUUGUAAAUUUGAAUGUAAAUGUUGCUGAUAAAAUGAAUAAAAAUGCUGUAAUUUAA